GAUGUCUAUAAAAUAUAUUUUGAAUUAUAUUGUUCUAUUUGAAUGUAUAAUUAGCGGUCAACUAGCUAUUUCCGCUGUUGGUGAAAUACAAGGAAACAGAUAUUUUGUUGAGCUGGUAUCUCCAACUGACAUUAACGACUUGAACACAUACAGUUUGGGAAUAAACGCUCAAGUACCAUCUAUAUUCAUCAGUAGUAAUAAUCUACAGGCUCUGUCAUACUUUUAUGUGAUGAAUAAAGUAGUUAUGUCAGCUUUUUUAGGAAAAGCCGUGGAAGAAGAAAGUGAAACUUUCAGCUUAAGUAGCGGCUCAGUUAAAGUUUACUUAUUUAAAGAUAAUCAGUUGGUUGAUGCCUACGGCUCAGAUGAGACUACUGGAUGGAAUUAUAGAAAAGGAUUUGCAAAGAGAAAAUCUUUGGAAAAUGCCCCAUUGAUAGAUUUUAUAUCAUCCGAAUGGGAUGUAGUAAUAAAUGCUCUUACUCAUCCAAAUGAUAAUAGCAAAUGCAACACACCAUUCAGAACUGAAAUGUUGGAAGCUCCAGAAGAAACAGUUAUAACAACUACAGAGGAAAUCACUACUAUGGUAAUACCCACUACUUCUACUACUGCGAGUCCUACUACUUCUACCACCGAUAAUCCUACUAGCUCUUCUACAACUGAUAAUCUCACCACCUCGCCUUAUAUUACUAAUCCUACUACUCUCCCCACUACCGAAAAAACAACCGCUCAUUCUUCAUCUGUUAAUCCUAUGACUUCUUCUACCACUGAAAAUCCUACUAGCUCUUAUACAACUGAUGAUUUCACCACCUCUCCUUCUAUUACUUCCAAUCCUACUACUCCUCCCACCACUGAUAAUCCUACUAGCUUUUCUUCAGCUGAUAAUCUCACCACCUCUCCUUCUAUUCCCAAUCCUACUAUUGAUAAUUCUAUUAUUUCUUCCACAACUGAUAAUCCAGUCACUCGUUCCUCCACUGGCAAUUCUACUACUACUCUUGCAAACUCAAAGGAAGACCCAAAAGAAAGUAUAUCAACACAAGAAUCUUCGAGCUUCAAAUCGACAAUAACAGAUCACUCUACUACUCAAAAAUUGUUAACAACAGAUUCUUAUUCAAGUUCUCAGACGUCUGUCACACCAAAGUCUAUUGAAAGUACAUUGUCUGUUGAACAAUCUUCAACCAAAAGAAAAUUUUCAACUACUAAGGAAUCGUUGCCUGUGACAAGUUCCACUGCGGAUAUUAAAUUGACAACCGACAAUGAACUGUUACGUAAACAACUUGAUAUGAUUGUGCAAUCUUACGUUGGCAUUAGCCAAGAAGAAACGAAACCAUCCGAGGCGAAAGGAGGACCAGCGAUUUUCACGAUAUGGUUAUUAUUUUUGGUGGCUGAAUUUGGAGUGUUUCUUUUGAUGGACUUGAAAACAAUAAUCAGUCAAAUUAAACAACUAAAGCAUAAUAUAUUUAGCUAA